AUGUUAUCUGCCCUACUCCCUGAAACGAAUGCUACAAUAUCUGACAAUAAUAGUCGUGGUCAUGGUUGUGGCCAUAAUCAAAGUCGUGGACGUGGUCGUGACUAUAAUCAAAGUUGCGGUCGAAACAUUGUUUGGCGUCAUAAUGGUCAGAAUAACAACUCUUAUACUCCAAUGAAAAGCACAACUACUGAGAACAAGGGAAAAGAUCCUCAAAAUAAUAAUUGUAAAAAUUUUGAAAACUUUUGUUUCAGAUGUGGUAUGAAAGAACACUGGUCACGUACCUGUCGUACGGCAAAACACCUUGUUGAUCCUUAUCAAGCAUAUGUGAAGGGGAAGGAGAAAAGUAUAGAAGCAAACUUUGCCUAUCAAGAUGAUGAUCUUUUCAAAGAGCCCUUGGAUAUUACACACUUGGAUGUUACUGAUUUUUUUAAUGAAGAUCCCAUUAAUAGCAACAUAAAUAUCUAUAAUGGAGAUGAGAAUGUCUACAAUUAG